CAUAAGACUGCAGCGUUAAGAGAGAGCGGACGAAGAAGAGAGAGAGAGAGCGAGUGAGAGAGCGAGUGAGAGAGCGAGUGAGAGAGCUGACCGUCGGAGGAAUGGCUAAGCGGAUGGUCAGCGGACGAUCUUGAAGCAGGAGAAGAUUCAGGACGGAGGAGAGCAGGAGAACCUCCUCCAUCAUCAGUCCAUGUGUCAGGCUGUGACGCAGUCUCCUCCAUCAUCCCUCCACCUCCCCUCCCGAACCCUCGGCGGGGAUCCGUCCGUCCUCCGCAGCAUCCCUCCAUCAGCGCCCGGGUACCUGGACCAGCGUGCUUUAGGUACGAUCUUAUCUUGAUCUGGGGUGGAUGGGAGGCUGGCGGCGUCAUCAUCGUUCCCAUCAUCUGCAUCGUCGUUAACAUCAUCAUCGUCUGUGUCAUCAGCAUCAUCGGUGCCAAAGUGGAUGCCACAGCAACUGGGCACACACACACAGGACAAGAAUCUACCUAAAGCAACAAACCAGAGAGAGAGAGAGAGAGAGAGAAGAUCUGGCUCCACUCCUGGGACAUUCCUGGACUGGUCAUAUCACUGAGGAGUCAACACACGCCCUCUUAGACCAACACACACCCACAAACAGCUCUUGAGAAAUCCCAAGCCGUGCCAGACCAAGUCUAGACGUUUCAGAUAUUUCUGUUCCCUCAGAAAGCAUCACCUAAAAAGGACAGGAUUCCUGGGACAUUCCUGGUCCUGAUACUGGACAAGCAACCAUCGUUCCUCCGGCUGAGGAAUCACUUCUUAAGGAACUAGCGCUCUGAGCCAGCUAGAUGUUACGGUCACCUGCAUAAAACACUGUCAAGAAACCACCCACAGUAACAAGCAGGGAGCGGACUUUACUGGUCAUACUGGUGGGUCACUGAAAAGAAGACGCACAAACUUUUGGAAUUCCAAGCUGUCCCGUACAUUAGAAGAAAAGCUUCAGAUACUUUGAUCACCUCAAAGUUGGAACCUACUAGAUUUGUCAUAAGGACCAUAAAGACUUCGGUCAACACCCAUAAAGAACGAGGACGGUGUAGUGGUCGCACCGUUAACUGGACACGGCAGCUCUAGACCUUUGGUUCCUUGAGGAACCUUCAAAGACUGUAGAAGGACUUGUCUCUAUUUAGACUAGCGUUUCAGGUGCUAAUGAUAUCUGUGCCACUAUAAACUAGACGUUUGUGUUAAUGUGAGCCUGAAUAUUACGUUUGAUUUAUUUUAUCGUGGUUAAAUAUCGUGCUGUGCCAUUUCUGUAUGAGAGAAGUCGUCGUAUCACUGGACUGAAGAGAAGACUUCACGCUGCUACCUGCUUCGACUUCGGAAUCAAGACCAGAGCCUCUACUAUCCUUUAGGAGUCUCAGGACGUAACCCAGGUCCAUACUGACCCACACCGGGCGAAGACAGACGAAGAACGAUGGACAAAAGCAUGCGCCCCUACGUCCCUUCCAAUGGCUGAGUGUCCGAUAAUAAAGACGUCCGUUACGAGGCUGUAAGUCGAACACCACACCCCUGCAGAGACCACCCAACUCCUCCCAGAGCGAAUGUCCUGUCUCCGCCGCCAGCCUGUGAUCAUCCCAAUGGAUACCGUCAAGAUCAUCCAGUCGGAGAAGUUCUCUCGGGAGUGUCCCGUCCCCGUGACCCAGCCUCGUUACGCGCCCCCUCCACGCGUCGCCUGGGACGGAGGUGGCGAAGGCGAGGUCAUCGUCAACCAGGCCUGCAGCGACCUGGGCAUGGAGGUCAACGGUAACACGGUGAUUAAACCACGCCCUUUGGCCUCGUCCCCGGCACCGAUCCUCCGGCGUGAAGCGAGCUACCUAGCCCAGCGCAAGGCCAGCAACAGCGAGAUAUGCUACCACCAGUUCCACUACAAGAUGGACGACGUGAUCGUCAACCAGUACGUCCUGCGCUCGUCGUCCACCUCGUCCUCCUCCUCGUCCUCCACGUCUUCGGGCCCCGUGAUGCCCUGUGAGCCGCUCAAUUGCCCCACCUGCGGGCACAUGUACAACUUCGCCGGCAAGCGCCCCCGGAUCCUGUCCUGCCUGCACUCGGUGUGCGAGGAGUGCCUGCAGAUCCUGUACGAGUCCUGCCCCAAAUACAAGUUCAUCUCGUGCCCGACCUGCCGCCGCGAGACCGUUCUGUUCACGGACUAUGGUCUGGCCGCGCUCGCCAUCAACACCAGCAUCCUGAGCCGUCUGCCGUCCGAGCCCGGAGGGGCCGUGCAAUGGGGCGGAGACGCCGACCGCAGCUGCUACCAGACGGUGCGCCAGUACUGCCAAUCGGCCUGCACCUGCCACAUCGCCAACCCGCUCUCCACCUGCGGCAUCAUGUAGACGUAUAUUCCAAGCAAUCCACGAGGUGGCGCCGUUCGAGCCUGCUGUUCCGAAGCCCUCCGUCCUAGCCCCAACGCCGACGUAUCUUUAGAUCUUAUUAGCGCAGACGGCUGCUGUCUGGACUUUAAAGAAAGCGAGAGACACUUUGUGCGAGAAGCCAAGUAAGAUGUUCUAUCAGAGUAAAUGUAUUUUAUGUACGAACCCACCGACCCCUCCUCCCCAAUCCCCGUUUCUCUUGUUUGGAUGUGUUCGCCAUCGACAUCUAUUCACAUGGGAAUGCCAAGGAGACUUUGUCUCCCCCUUAUCCUAAAUAAAAUAAAGCAAAUAAAUAAAUCUAAAUAAA